AUGGUGGUGGAGUGGGUGCCGCAAGAGGAGGUGCUCCGGCACGCGGCCGUGGCCGGGUUCUGGACGCACGGGGGCUGGAACUCGACGACGGAGAGCGUUUGCGAGGGGGUGCCGAUGCUGUGUCGCCCGCACUUCGGCGACCAGAUGGGGAACGCCAGGUACGUGGAGCACGUGUGGAGGGUGGGCUUCGAGGUCGCCGGCGCGCUCGAGAGCUGGCGGCGUGGAGGCCGCCAUCCAGCGGCUCGUCACAGGGAGCGAGGGAGCGGAGAUGCGGGCCAGGGCCAGGGACCUGGUGGAGACGUCAUCGGGGUGGUUUUGCACAUCCCUCCCACGCCGGACAGGACCACGGCGUCCGCGUCCACGGACGCGCCCGCAGCUGAGGAGGAGGAGGAGGUGCUGCCGGAGAGGAGCUACGUCUCCGGCACCAUCUUCACCGGCGGCCUCAACUGUGCGACGCGCGCCCACGUGCUCAGCAACUCUGCCGACGGCGCUCGGCCGGCCGCCUCUGUCAACAUGUCCUGCAAGAUGCGCGGCUGCGACAUGCCGGCGUUGGCGGCCACCCGCCCUGUGAUCUGCGAGGAGUGCUACAUGGACUGUGUCGCCGCCUCCGGCAACUACCCAGGCUGCAAGGAGGCCUACUCCGUCGGCAGCGACACCGACAACUCCGUCGACGAGGACGACGACGACGCCAUCUCCUUGUCGGAGGAGAGGGACCAGAUGCCCAUGACAUCCAUGUCCAAGCGCUUCUCCAUGGUGCACUCCAUCAAGAUGCCCAUGCCCAGCAGCAACGGCAAGCCGGCUGACUUCAACCACGCCCGGUGGCUCUUCGAGACCAAGGGCACCUACAGCUACGGCAACGCUCUAUGGCCCGAGAACGAGCACGGCGGCGGCGGCAACAGCGCUGGGGCCACCUCCAGAUUCGUCGGCAUCGAGGAGCCGCCCAACUUCGGUGCCCGCUGCUGCCGGCCCCUGACGAGGAAGACCAGCGUCUCUCAGGCCAUACUCAGCCCAUCGACAUGGAUGUUUGACGGCUCCCAGUGGGCCGGCACUUGGCUCGCCCGGGCGACGGAUCACGCGCGCGGCAACCACGCUGGCAUCAUUCAGGCAAUGCAUGUGCCACCGACCUCGGAGCCAGUGCUUGGCGGUGAGCCGGCGGAGUCUGGUGCGCUGAUCGACACGACGGGCGUGGACAUCCGGCUACCGAUGCUGGUGUACGUUUCGCGCGAGAAGAGGCCCGGGUACGACCACAACAAGAAGGCCGGCGCCAUGAACGCGCUGGUCAAGACGAGUGCCAUCAUGUCAAACGGGCCCUUCAUCCUCAACCUGGACUGCGACCACUGCGUGCACAACUCGGCGGCGCUCCGCGAAGGGAUGUGCUACAUGCUCGACCGCCGCGGCGACCGCGUCUGCUACGUGCAGCUCCCGCAACGGUUCGAGGGCAUCGACCCCAACGACCGGUACGCCAACCACAACCUCGUCUUCUUCGAUGUCGCCAUGCGCGCCAUGGACGGGCUGCAGGGCCCCAUGUACGUCGGAGGCUGCAUCUUCCGCCGCACCGCUCUGUAUGGGUUCAGCCCGCCGCGCGCCACCAAGCACCACGGUUGGCUCGGCAGGAAGAUCAAGCUGUUCCUGAGGAAGCCCACCAUGGGGAAGAAGACGGACAGGGAGCUGGUCAUGGCGAUUUUGCAAAAAUAA